UUCAUGAACUUGAACAGUGAAGAUGAAACACAGGAAAAGUUAGUGAUACGACCAGGGAAAAUGGGAGAUGUUUCUGCGCCCGAACAGAGUGCUAACUCUUCUAGGUUGACCUCCAAACAAGUUGGGUUUUACAAGCACCUCGUAGACUCUGUUGAACAACUUAAACAUCUUGCUCACCUAUUAGGAGUAUCUAAAGUAAAACUAUUCUUCAUGUUGGCAUCUCUUGCAGCUAAGAAUAAGAGAUUUGAAGAUGCUGUGAAACUUUGUCGAGCUAUCAUGGAUGAUGCUCAAGUCUUGGAUUGCUCCUCAGUUGUGCAAGAUGUGGUUACUCUUGCCAUAGAAAUGCAAAGUGUGCAAAAAGAGGAGCCUGCUAACCAGAUUUCUCCUAUGCUGAUGGAUAAUACAGCCCUAGUUGAACAAGGCACCAACAACAAGUGUUGUGCAGACCUCAACAAUGUUGUUUUAGAAUUGGUUUCCAUGGCCAUGGUAUUUUCUCACCCAGAUCAGCUGCAUUUACUCUUAGAAGUAGGUAUGUGGUGUCAGCUUGGAAGUGCCCUUUAUGCUCAGUGCCAUGUUGAGGGGAUCUAUACUCAGCACAACUUGGAUAGCAGCAGCCCUUACACAAGAUGGAAAUUCAGUCCUGUGUACAGUGACACUAGCAUGCCCAUUGAGAGUGGUGCUGUGAAUGCCAUGUUAGCAGAUGCUUUAGCAUUAUGGAUGGCAUCACAAGAGAAUCAAAGAAGUAAGGCAGUUGUUCCCUAUUUAAGUGGUGCAAAAGAAAUUUUCUUCCAUGACAGUGCAGAUUUAAAUGAAAAUUCUGUUUUCAAUCUCAUCGGCCAUCUCAGUGAACGAGGACAUGACAUGUUGACCUUAACUGUAUCCUUACGUAAAGCACUAAGGACCUUGCUUUUCUGUUCCAAGUCAACAGCAUCCAUUACUAGUGCCCACGGUUAUCAGCAAAUUCUAAAUUUAUUUUUGAAAAUUAUUGGUAGCAAGAAGCCAGAUGUCAUCCUAGCAGUCAGUUUGCUCACUCUUCUUACUAAAAAGGAUGCCUCUAAAGGACUCAAUGAAUUGAUAAGAAGAUUUGGUUCAGAUUACUCAAAGCUGAUAUCUGUAGCCGUUAUAGGAAAAGAUUACUGUACCCUUAAUGGCAUCAGAGAGGUUUGGGAGAAGUUCAGUGCUUUGCACAAAAGAUCCUUAUGGGGCAAGCAACUAUCUGAUAUGAAUAUAUCAUUCAAGGAAGCAUUCAGAGAUAGCAAAGCUGUCAUCACAGUUCUUGAUGAUGUGGUUGCUCAUCCCGAUUGUUCCUUUUCUCUGAUAUAUGAGUACUGUGAAGACUUCAACUUGGAUGUCAUAGAUGCUUUUAUUCUGCAUUUGAGGGUAGUUUUACGCAUGUGGUCUCCAGAGGUUCCAGAUGAAGGUAGAAGGCCAGGUACAGUCCUUCGAAUAGAACCACCUAACGCAGUUUUCUCCAAGGCUCAAGCCAUUAUUGCUGAAAUCAGUAACAAAUCCGAGUUGCAAGAAAUGCUCAUGGAAGAACUGAACAACAUCAGUUCUUAUAAUUAUGAAAUUUUGGAGCUAGUACUUCAGCAACUUAAACGUCUCCAAGGCGAUCCUCAGGAAGUACAACUCUUGACACGAGGGCUAGAUAUAGUGAAUUUUCUCAAAGUUUAUCCAAGGCAGUGUCCUCCUGGUAAUGUUGAAAUAGAUGACUGGAUUAGCAGGCAUCCGCAGAGUCUGGGUCCUCCUGAAAUUUCAAAGCAUCGCCUCCCUUUUCACGAGUUGUUGAAGCGCAGUAAAUCAAUAAAGAUUAUUGAAGCUGAGCUAAAUACAUCCACUAUUGACAUUUGGCUUGAAGCUGCACCCACUCUGAAACUGAAGUCAGAUGAACUUUGCAUGAUAGCAAUUCAGAAUACCGUUUCGAGUACUCUAGAACAAGAGAAUGUUAGCAGGAAGCAAAGUAAUCGUGAUGGAAACACCACCUGGCAUGUGUGUAGUACUAAUAGUGUUUUAUUAAGUAAGAUUAGAAAUGUUGUAAGUAAAAUAAAGUCAUCUGAACUAGCAACUGCCAAUGGUAGCUGGAUUGUGAAUCGUCUUCCACCUGGUCUUGAUAAAGUCUUGGCAGCAGAGAAAUGCAAAGCAAUGGCAGAAGAAUGGAAGGAGCAGCAGAGUUCAAACUCCAUGGCAGCUGAUGCUUUUGCAUCUUUCAGUAGCCGAUAUCAACAGCUGGCAUUGGAGCAUGCAUUGCACAAGUACAACUUGGCUGAACCCAAGUACCUUGCACUUACACGUACACCAAUGGAAUUGAUCUUCGCUCUGUAUCAACAUUCAUCACUGGGCUCCCUGGCUACCUUAAGUACACAUUCCAUGCCUGACAUCAAUAGUUGUGUGGCAGAUAUUUGUGCAACAGCUGGCUUAAGACAGGUUGCCAUCCAGUUAGAUUUACUGGAGAAAUGGCUUCCGCCUUCUGAAGCAAGUGAAGUAGGAAGUGGUGAAGAAACUGUUACAAACUUUAAGAUUGCUUUUGAGCCUGUGGCUUCUUCAGAAGAUGGCUCUCCAGAUGAUGUGUCCUUAUCCAGGGUGAUCUAUCUGUUGCGGUGCUGUCCACAAGAGGAGGCUGUUAGUUACCUGCUGAAUAGAGCUUUAACUGGGGACACAAGUGUUUCUGCUUCUCAUCGUUUAAGAGCCCUCCGGUGCCUUUUAGCCAUUGCUGAUGAGAAGACAAUUCAGAAAUGCUCUGGUAAAAGUAUUUCAUUUAUAAGGACAUUCCUGCAAACUGUGACAUAUGUUAGCAGGCUGGAAGCUCUAGGUCAUGCCACUAGUGUUGAUCAGUUUAAUGCCAUGGAUAAAGGAGCCUUAGUGGAAGGCCUUUGGAGAUCACAACGACACAAUCCUCUUGCUCUUACCCUGGUUACUGACCUUUGCCAUGAUUACAAGGUAACAACAGCUUCCCUUUGGGGUGCUGUACUGACGCAGUUAACAAAUUUCUUUAAGUUGGGUCAAGUGGAUAAUGUCACACUAGAGAGAGUACUUUUGCAAAUAAAUAGUUUGCCCCAUCUUUGGGUUGUUCCUGCCCUGACCACUGCAUGGGCUACCAUUAUUGUCAACCCAUUUUUAAAAGCAAGCUGUCCAGUCAGCGAAAGCAGUCUCUCAGCAUGUGUCCACAGUGUAGACCUUCUACUCCGUCACUGCCCUGUUGUGAUACCUACAGUUCCUCUCCUAAAACACUGUGCUAAUUUGGAUCUUCCAGUCAUGGCUCUAGCCAUUGCUGCAGCUGAUCAAGUAGACUCACAUAAUCUCAAGGCCAUGGCUGACAAAACACCAACUGCAAUAUUGAAGGAAAGAUACGAAAAGUUGAAGGCUAUGAUUUCCCUACCUCGUAAUGUUGAGGACCUGAUGGAAACACUCAAUUAACCUGCUGUCUGGCAUCAAAACUUUAUUAAGAAAUAACGUUUAUGGAUAAACAUAUUUAGUAGCAGUUCAUGGACUCGGAGGAAUUUAAUUGAUUCUUCUAUUUCUGAUGCCUAUGGGUGUGACAUUUCGAAGAAUUCUGUUGAUUAUUACAGGCAGCAAUGUAAUCAUUACUACAGCCUAAAUAAAAGUAGCCAUUUGAAUUUCCAAUAUUGUAGUAUUUGGGAAUUAUCUUAAUUCCUCCUGUCAGUGGUAAUGUUUUAUUCUAAUGUUCAAAAAUAUAUCCAAUGAUUAACAUACAGUUCAUUAUUACUGGACUUGAAGUGACACACUGUAGAUAGUAACAAAGGUUCUUUUGAGCCCUUUCAGCCCCAGCUGCAUAAUUCAUGUCCACAUUUCAUCCAUUACUUUUAAUGUCUUCCUAUUAAACUGUCCAACUUUUUAUUUAACUUACCUUCCUUUGAUCUUCACCACUUGCGUAGAAUUAUGAAAACUGAUAUCCAAGUAGCUUAAUGAGAUUACCUUGUCAUAAGACCCCUAUAAGACUUUGUUCUUAAAUAAAAACUGGCAAUAGGAGCAUAUUUAAGUUGAAACUUCUCAGGUAUAUUAGAAGGGAUCAGAUAGAACAAAUGAAAAGCAUAAGGUAGAAACAAAUUUAGUAUCAUCUGUUGUGUAUUGCACAAGCUACAUAAAACAGUGACUGUCUUACAGGGGUUACUUUUAAAAAAAACUAUCCGGGACAUCUUGUGAGUCUAGAAAUGUGAUUUAUUGGUCUCGUUAAAUUAGUUAUUAAUGUAAUUACCAAACUUGUGACUAGAACCUUGUAAUUAUAGUAUAAGGGCAUAUUUUCUUUAGAAGACUGCAUAAUACUUUGCAUGGUUUGGAAAAAUUCAGUGUCAUGAUAAAAAUGUUGAACAGUUUCAGAUGCAAAAUAUCCUUUACUUAAAGUUACUGAUCGAGAAUAUUUGUCUUAAUAAUUGUGAUCAUUAUCCCAAAAGGUUUUGAUUGUUGCAUAUGGUUUUACAGAUCAUAUGGUGUAUUGAUAAUAUCUUCAUCUUACUUCAUUUUUAGUGAUUGAAAUAAUGGGACAAUUAAUACAGAUUCUAAAUAUCUUGUGUAAAGUUCAAUUUUUGUUUGGCUCUUGACAUUAUUGGAUGUAAGAUUUAAAUAAAACAUUAUUCCUACUUAUUAUGGAUAGUAAAAGUAAAUUUUAUAGAUUAUCAGAAAACAUUGUUCCCUACAACUAAUCUUCUGUACUCUUAUUUAUCUGAAAUGGAACUAAACGGAAUGUAGAAAAAUUAUCUUCCUGUUUCUUUACUUUUAAAGUGGAUAUAUUUUUGUCAUCUGUACUUUUACUUUGCAUCUUUGAAUGAUUAAUAUCUUCUACCUUGCAGCAUUUCUGCUAAGGUGCUCAAGUGAUAAUUUGUUGUGCUUACAUUUUCUUAGAACACUGGCCCCUCAAAUUGUGUUCUUAAGAUACUAUAUUCCAGAGCUAACAGGAAUUCCCAAUUGUUUCCAUCCUAUAAAUAAAUCAAACUUUUACACUCCAAAUGUACUUAACAAGUUUACCAAAAAUAUACCACCAUUAACAAGGUAAUCUACCAAAAAAUUUUGUAUAAUAAUGUAGUGGUAAAAGUACAGAUGCCUGAUAAUUAGAUGGAUGGAUGUUAUAUAUUUAAGGAAAAAGCUCGGGCACUGGGGCCAAGAAAGCCAUUCAACGCCAGCCUGAUAACUGGAGUUGUUACACUAUAUUGUAAUUGGUCUUGUGUAAAAUUAAUGGGUAAACUGGCCAUAAAUUUCUUAUUUUCUGAAAAACUAUAAGGAUUUAUAUUUUUUUAUUUUCAAAUUUUGUAAUGAAAAAAUCAACAGAAUAAAGGGACCUGGUACAUUUGUUAAAAUUAUUAUACGAACUAUGACUUGUAUUGCAGUAUAACUUUCAUGGAUAUUAUUUGUUAAAAUGCUAUAUUAGGGACCAAGAAUGUAUUACAGCAGUGAAAUAUAUUCAAUGCUGUGAUUAGGAGAUUGAUAGUUUUAGAGAUUUCUCAUGAAAUUAUUAUACUAGUAGUACACUGGACCUCACCGAUGAAUUUGAGAAUUCAAACUAAAUUUGUGCUUAUCUUAUAUUGUAUAUCUUAUUUAUAUAUCUUUAAUACUGUUGAA